GUAAAUCAAAACCACCUCUUCUUCCCAAGCCAUGUAUAAGUUCUCCUGCUGGCUCUGGAGAACAUGUUAUCCCACAAAUGGUUAUUACAUCUGCUGAUGAUGUACCCGAAGAGCUGCAGAAUGGUAGUGAAGCCACCACAGUACCUAUUCCCACCUCUAUUGAAGCAGCAAGCGCUGCUGCUAAUGUUGAGGAAGAAGCGAAAAACGAAUCAACUGAAGCUGUGCACCAAAGACCCUUAACUAUUGGUGCAUGUGAAGAUGCGCCAGUUGAUUCAAUACCAAAUACACCUGAAGCUAAAUCUUCAGAUGGCCUAAUUCAUUCAACAGCUCAAAGACCUUUAAUGUUCGAGUCCGAGAAACCCCUUAGUCAUGUUGACAGUUCUGGUUUGGAAACAGACUUAAAUGGUUCUUCAUCCCCUACCUCUUCAUCUCAAAUGCCAGCACCUACUACAUUGCAGAGACCCCUAGUGUUUGAUGGCUCUGCAUCACAAACAGAAACUGUUAAUACUACAAGUUCUGAGCCAGGACAUAUUGGGGCAGACUAUAUACAAGAAGCGCCUGCUGGUGAAAAAUCUACAUCUGUUCUUGAUGUUGUUGAUCAAGAAGAAACAGAAUUUAUAACAAAUACUGAAAAAUCAAAAGUGAAUAAUUUUUCCUGGAUUCCCAAUUUUUCAAAAAUGCAUGCUUCAUCUAAAGAAGCAAAAUCGGUUCAUGAUGAGCCUGUUAAAAAAGAUCAUUUGACUUCUCAGAGGGAUGAAAAGGCUCACUCAAAGAAAGAUGGAAUGCAUGGGGAUGAACACGCUCAUUCUAAGAAAGAUGAAAUGCAUGGGGAUGAAAAAGCACAUUCUAAGAAAGAUGGAAUGCAUGGUGUUAAGAAAUUCUUUGAUUCUUUUAGACAAGAUACAACUCAUGAAACAAAAGAUAAAUCUGAACAGCUAAACAAAGAUGCUCUUGUGUGUGAGUCAGCCAAAGAAGAACAUAAAGAAAAGCAUGGUUUGAAAAACUUAUUUGGUUUUUCCAAGCCUGACUGUGAAGUAAAUGAGAAGAAUAACUCAAGCAAAGAUUCAAAAAUGGUCAACAAGGAUCAUAAAGACAUCAAAGAUAACGUGAAAUAUUUUUUUGAUUCUUUUAAACAUGAUACUGCAAACCAGAAACACGUUCCUACAUUGCAAGAUGAAACAGUUCAGUCUUCAGACAGGGAAACAGUGCAAAAAAUGCACAGUAAGGAAUCAAAGCAUGGAUUAAAAAAUUUCUUUGAUUCAUUUGUACAUGAAAGUAGUGAUCUUGAAAAAAGGAAGUCAAAAAAUUUGGAUGAAAUAAAUAAUGAAAUGAAAAAUAUUGAAGAUAAAACAAUUGUCAAUAAAUUUCUAGAUAAUUUUCGUCAUGAAAAAGAGCAAAAAGAAAAACCAAAAACAGCUGUUUUUCAUAAUGAUCAAGAAGUAGCUACGAGUAUGAAAUGUGUUGUAGAAUCUCCCAAACAAGUAAAAUUCUUUUCAAAUCAAGAAAUAGAUGCAAUCCCAGAUAAAACGAAAACUGAGGGGGAAUCAAAAGCUUCUGGUAAAAAUUCUACUCAUGGAGUUAAAAAGUUUUUUGACUCUUUCAAACAUGAAACAGUAAAAGAUCAAAAUGUUCCAGAAUCACCAAAACCUCUUGAAGAUAAACAGAAAGAUAGUGUACACGGAAUGAAAAAGUUCUUUGAUUCCUUUAAGCAUGAAGAGCAAAAUACAGCUUGUUCAAGUAUACCCAAAACUUCGGAAACUUGUGAUAAAAAGCAAAAAGAUAAUUUGUCUGCUGUGAAGAAGUUCUUUGAUUCACUGAAACAUGAGGAGCAUGAUUCUAAUAGAAGCCCUGAAGCCUCAGUACCCUCCGACAAAAUGGUUAAAAAAGAAAAGGACAACGACAUGAAAGUAUCCUUUCAGCAAGGGAAGGAGGCAGAAUAUUCUCAAGAAUAUGAUGCUAGCAAAGUUAGUAAGAGCAAUGAGCAUGGCAUCUCCAUUGCUAUCACUCAGGAAGGGGACAAAGCAGUUGAAAUUAUUGAUUUUCCUAAGCCUGCUAUAGUAAGUGAAAAGAAAGAAAAAGAAACUUUACAUGGGGUAAAGAAGUUUUUUGAUUCAUUUAAACAUGAAGCACAUCCGGAACAAAAAAAUACAGAAUUAGUUAAAGAUCCAGAGCAAGGAGAUAAGGUGCAUAAAGAAAAGCAUGGUGUCAAAAAAUUUUUUGAGUCUUUCAAACAUGAAACUCCUGAAAAUAAAGAUACAAAAGAAAGAGUUGAUUCAAAGCAUGGUGGAAUAAAACGCUCUCAAUCUUUUAAAGAAACUACUUCUGAGAAAGAGCCAGGAAGAAGUGUUAAAAAUUUCUUUGAUUUUAGUCACAAAGGUAUUACUAAAGUGUCUAGUCAACCUCAUGUUUCUUUUGAUAAAGAUGAACAUAUUUAUGACUUUGUUGACACAUCAGUUACACAAUCCUGUAGUGCUGGUGCUCCAAAUCAAGCAGGUUCUUCAAAACAUUCUGAAGAAAAGCACAAAGAUAGUCACCAAAGUGUGAAGAAACUUUUUGAUUCUUUUCGUUUUAAGGAUUCGAAACCAAAAGUUACAAAACACUCUGAAGCUGCCCCAAGAAAUAGUUCAGAAAUUCCAUUGGAAGGAUCUGAAUCUAUUAAUGCUACUGCUAUCAGAAAAAUUGAAUCUCAAAGUUCAAAGACAACUGAAUUAGUUAGUCAUGCAAAAGUUCCUGAUCCAACUACCAAAUCAGUUCCAAAGUCUUCUGAACAACCCCAGAAAGUUGAAAUAAAAAGUGUUCCACAGAUUCAAAUUCAGGAACCAUCUGCUGCAGUUGAGACUAAACAUUCUGUCUUAAGCACAAUUGGAGAAAACAUCCUUGCCAUGAAAGAUAAAGUAAUGAGUUCGAAAGAAGUAAAGAAGAAAGAAGUGUCAAAAAUUGACAAUUCUAAAUUUCAAGAAUAUGAUUUACAAAACUGUGAACAAAGACAAUCAGAUGAACUCCCGGGCACCUAUAAACCUUUGUCUGAUUCAAUACCUUCUCAGGAUAAAUAUGUCAGGCCGAAAGUUUCCCCCUCUACCUCUGCAGCUACUCUGCCUUCUGAUGGUGCAAAAAAUUCCAAACAGAAAGCAAACCUUGAGUCUAGCACUCCUGAGACUUUGUACGAUACUUGUUGUUUGAGGAUAGCUGUCUUAUUAAGAGAUAAGGCUUUGGAAAUAGUUUCUGAUCAGACAAAAACACCACCUCAAAAACCUCCAAAGCCAUCGGCUGAAGCUAUUGCAAAAGCUCGUGCGGCAUCUGUUUCAAAGCGACUUCAAGAGCUGCAGUGCAAAAGUCACAGUAUUGGUGAUAACAUUCCUGUAGGUUUUGACGGUAUUAGAUUUGCUGAUGAUGAGACUGAGUCAUCAUGUGAUUACAAAGAUGUUGAGAAUUUUGAUUACAUUAUGGAUUAUGAAUUAAUUAAUAGAUAUAAAUUUGACAAUAAAUUUGAUACUUUUAGUGUUCCUAGUACUUGUAGUGGUAUGACUAGUUAUUAUACUGCUGACACAGUGACCUUGAAGGAUGAAACUUAUUCUGAUGCUCUGAUGGAGACAAUAAGCCUAACAGAUGCUGAAUCUUGUGUAAGGAACCUAUCAACUUCCAAUGUUGCUGCUACAAAAAGUACACCAUCUUUAAAUUCCACCUCUAAAUUAAAAGAUUCCAAAAAGCAGCCAUUAAUUAAAAUAUUUAGCAGUGAAAAAGAAAAAGUAACCAAAAAACAAUUUGUGCCUGAAGUAAAACCAAGAGCACUCAGUACUGGCCAAAGUGGUGUGAAAAAAGUCCCACCUCCUCUGCCGCCUAAGCCAGUUUUGACACCCAAACCAAAGUCUCCUUUCACUUCUUCAAUGUCACCUCAAGAAAAUAAACCAGUGUCUCCAUGUAUAAAUGGAUUAUCUCUUUCUCCUAGACUGCAAACAAAAUUUUCGAAAGAAUCGGUUGCUACUCAGAAACGACCUCUUAUGGUAGCUGAUGUGAAAGAGACUCACUUCUUAAGCUUACGCCAAGUCAAAUCCAAAGAUAGUCAAGGAAAGACACUAAAAGAUAGAAAAUUUGAUACUGUCUUGAAAAAUGAAUCCUUAAAGCAUAUACCAUCUGCAGUACACUCUCCUCUUUCUGCCUCUAAGUCAUCUCCUCCAGAUUUUACAGAGAAUACUAAUGAUGUGACUUCAGUAAUGUCUAGAAAAAUAUCUCCUCAAAGGCCACCUCCACCUAUAAUAUCAAUUCGUAAAGAAGAUUCUAAGCAAGUUGUGAGAGAAUACAAACCCUCUCCACCUCAAAAACCAAAGCGUGAUGGCAUGUCUAUGGCAUCAAAAAUUAACAAAGAAAAGAGAACUAUUUCUCCACCAAGACCACCACCUCCUAGCAAAAGUGCCUUAGCUAAAUGUCCUCCAAGGCCACCACCACCUACUUCUGCUGAUUUAAAUUUUAGUAAGUCAACUGAUCCAAUUCUUACUCAAAGUUCUGAAAAAAAUGUUGAUGAUAAUGCAAAUAACAUUGACGAUAGUUUAAAAUUAUAUAAUGUAGAAGUAAGACAAAAUGAGAUAGAUGGUCAAGCUCAUGAUGUAAUGGUCAAUAUUCCCUCAACUUCUUACGAAACAACACAUUUAGCUUCUGAGAGUCCGGUUACUUUUGAUGUAUCAGGAGUAGAUCUUGAGAAUAAUGUUAUUUCAACUGAGACUGCUCAGGAUGUUAAAAUUAGUUCUUUUGUUGCUAAUGAACAAGAAUCUUCAUUGCCAGAAGUAUCGAAAAAAGUCACAAGUCACUUUGACCUCAAAGCUGAAGUACCAAAGCCACCUCCUAGAACUCGUAGAAUACGGUCUAGAACUGUAGAAAUAGUUCCUCUUGAAAAAUCAGUAGAUUCAAGACUUCGAAGAAGUCAAUCCUUAUCUGAUGUUGAUGAAGAAAAAAAGGUGUCUUUUCUGAAUGCAGACAAGUCUUCUAAAGCAAAUGAAUUAAAAUCUUUAUACACAAAAAUCAAUAAAGAAGUUAAAAAAUCCCCAUCAAAUAUUUCAAUUAACAAUGAGCCUGGUCUAUCAAGUGCAGAAAAUGUUUCAUCUCGUCCCUUGCCUGCUCCACCCCCACCACCUCGUAGAUUCCGGUCCCUUGAUAGGAAGUCCAUGAAAAAAGACAAAGAAACAGAUGACAAAGUUAAGCAAGAAGUCAAAGAAUCAAAAUUUUCUACAGAAGCGGAAAGUAGACAUUUUUCUUCUAUUAAUAACAGUGAAGAACAUCCUGAAACUGAGGAUGUUUCUAAAUCUCUUCAGCGUGAUCUGCAUUUUGACAGCUCAAGUUUGAGGCCCCCUAGGAAGAAAAGAACUGAAAAACACAGGUUUCUCAGUCUUCAUGGAGAUGAAAAAAUUCAGAAAAUUAGUUCAUUUAAGCAUGACUUAGAAUCCAAACUUCAGCGUUCAUCAAGUGAACCUUUAAAGCCAGACAGGAGAUUGAAGCAGCUUUCUGAUCCUAAAUAUGAUGAAAAUGCAAAUGUUGCUUUUCCAGUUCUGGCUGAAGUUCAUUGCAAUCCGAAGCUAGAUGAAUGUGGAAAUGAAAUUCUUGAGCUGUCAACUGAGUUACCUGAGCAAAAUGUAGCUCCUCUUCCUCAUAAGAGAAGAAAUCCAAGAACUAAAUCUCAAUCAAGUUGGUAUGAUCAACAUGAGCCUGAGGAAGAACCUUGGGAAAUGAUGAAUUGGAGUGCAGCUGAUGAUGCUGAGAUUAAGACACACAUCUACCCAACUGCUCCUUUGAGACGUAAAUCAGAUCCUGGGAAAAAAAUUCGUGAAACUUCAAAAUUUUAUGUAGAUGUAGAGCAAGGUACAGAAACAUUGCCAUUGGUGGAUAAAGAAACUUCUCCACUUCCUCUAGAUUGUUCAGAAAAAUCUGUCCAAACUUCUUUAGAAACAUUAUCACAUGGAAUUGAAUCUCGUGAAGAGGAAUCAGAAGAUACUGAUGAAUUAUUGAAUCUUGCCCAAAAUUUACAAAAUGAGUUGAAGAUUAUAAUAAAUAGGCAUAAGUCUGUGAGUGAAGGGCUUGAUGACGAUAGCAACACACCUCCUUUGUCUGCUGCAAGUUCAGAAAAAAAUUUGGAGGAUUCAGACAGCAAACUGCGAGAGAAGAGCGCACUCAGUGUUCGUUCUUCCACUUCCGACUUGUGGCCCUUGUCUUCUUCUGAUGAAAGUGAAGGUGAGUUGGCUCAAGAAGGAUCAUCAAGCCUAACAGAAAUUGCACGGACUAGGAAGCAGAAGAAAAUUUUCUAUGUUGCUCAAGAAAUAAUGACAUCUGAGGAAGUGUUUGUUGAUGCUUUGAAAUUAUUAAAUGUGGAUUUCAAAGCUGCUGUGGAUAGUGCAAACAAGCAACGAAAUUCAGUUGUUAUACCAGAUGAUGUACUGAGCCAGAUAUUUAACCAUCUACCUCAAUUACAGCAUUUGAAUGAAAAUUUGCUCAUGGAAUUAAAAGAUCGAAUUGAAAAUUGGGACAGGACAGGGAAGAUUGCUGAUGUUAUUGUGAAAAUGGGGCCAUUUCUGAAACUGUAUUCAUGGUAUAUACAUGACUUUGAAGCAAAUCUCUCAUUAUUGGAAGAGUCAAAAAAGAAGUAUCCGUUGUUUGCUCAAGUUGUCAAAGAAUUUGAGAUGAGUGCACGGUGCAAAAGAUUGGCCUUGAAUCACUUCAUGCUGAAACCCAUUCAGCGAAUACCACAAUAUCGUCUGUUGCUUCAAGAAUACCUACACCAUUUAUCCGAAGAAUCUCCCGACUACCAAGACACAGUUGCUGCCCUUCAGAUUGUCAGUGAAGUAGCUAACCAUGCUAACGAAAGUAUGAAACAAGGUGAUAAUGCUCAGAAGCUGAUAUCAAUACAAAACAGCAUCAUGGGACACAAAGAAAUUAUCAAACCUGGAAGAAUAUUUAUUAAGGAAGGAGAAUUAAUGAAAUUAUCCAGAAAAGGAAUGCAACCAAGGUGGUUUGUUUUGUUCAAUGACUUGCUGUUGUACCUUACACCUGUUCAGCAGGGUCUGUACAGAAUAAACCAUGAAUUGCCCUUAACUGGCAUGAAAGUAGCUAUCCCAAUACAGCAAGACUAUCAAAAUGAAUUCAGUAUUAUAUCUGUCACUCGUUCUUUUACUUUAGCAGCAAAAUCUCCAGAAGAAAGACAGGAAUGGAUUGUAGCUUUGACUAAAUCCAUUGAAGAAAAUGCUUCAAAGAGAAGAACAUUCCCAAAUGCCAGACUUCAGCAAAAAGCACAAGACAAAUCCUCUGAGGAUGAUGAUGUAGGUUUUGUUCUUGGCCGGAAAGCUCCAGUUUGGAUUCCAGAUGCAAGAGUAACAAUGUGCCAAUUAUGUACAAGUGAAUUUACGGUUACUUUUCGUCGCCAUCAUUGUAGAGCUUGUGGAAAAGUUGUUUGCUCCAUUUGUUCUAGCAAUCGAAUUUCUCUACCAUACUUGGGCAACAGAAUUGCUCGUGUAUGUGAUGAAUGUCAUACAAAACUUGGACCUGGUUCCAGUGCAUGUACAGAAUCUGGGGAAACAGACAGUGACAAUCAGCAAAUUGCAGUUAAAUCGCAUCUAAGAUCAGAACACAGACAUGUGAAGAAAAAUAGACGAAAUCUACCAAGUGUAUUAAAAGAGGUUUGUGCUAAUGAUCAGGGUUCUACUAUAAGUGGUUAUUUGCAGAAAAGAUCUGGGAAGAAUUGGAAAAAGGACUGGUUUGUGAUAAAAGACAAAGUUUUAUAUGAAUACAGAGCAAGUGAGGAUGUUGCAGCUUUGAGGAGUGUUCCUUUACUUGGCUAUCAAAUUGAAGCAUUUUCUGAAUGCUAUGAAAACGUAGAACCCAAUCUGUUGUUUCAACUCACUCAUCCUGGACAAGCACCACUAAUAUUUCAUGCAGAUACAAUUGUCUCUGCACAAAGAUGGGUUGCAGCUCUUAAAGAUGCUACAGUUUUAUAGCGAACAUGAAAUUGAUAAAUGUGGAGAUUUCAAUUUAAACAUUUGUACAGUAUUAUUUUGUGAUGUGUAGAGUGCUUUGUAGGAAAAAAUGCAGCUGCAGAUAAUUUAUGUAUAAAAAGUCAAAGAAUACUUAGCACUCUCACCCUGACUGUUGUUGCCAGUUUAUGAAAUGUAACGAGAAAAAAUACGUAAAUACUUUCUCUGUUUCACUUUUUUUUUCAGAGGAAUGUUAAUUUUUUUAGAAAGUGAAUGUGCUUUUUUUCUUAAUAUUUCUUACUGACUAUAAGUAAUGAACUAAGCUGAAUCUCACAAGAAAUUGGUAGCUCAAUCAACAUAGGCAACUAAAUAUAAUCAAAACAGUCGACUCCAGAACAUUAGCUAUUAAUUGAAUUUGCAAUUCAAAUGUUGCACAUUGUCAGGUUAUGUGCAUAAUAAACUUACUUAUACAUUAAAAGUAUUAUUUCAUAGGAUUAAACCAAAGAUUGUGAUGAAAUAUUUAAAAUUUUAUGUUUUUAAGUCAUGAUAUAGUUGUUUUAUGAAUUAAAAAGGGAAAAAAAUGUGAUAUUACAACAUUCAUACUGAAUGUGAAAUGUAAAAUACUUCAUUUGUGUGAUGUUUCCAAAAUCUUAAUUUGUAGAUAUUUGUUAUGCAAUGAUUAUGUGAGACUUUGUUGUGCAAUAAAAAAUUAUAUUUGUUGAAAUCUAUUAGAAUAAAU